GUGUUACGUCACGGUAGGCGGAAGUCGCGGCUGCUGUUUUGAAAUCCCUGAGCCCGGGUCUUCCCAGCUCCUGGCCACGCCGAGUCCAAGCAGCCGCCAGAUUGCGGGCUGACCUCUGACACCUGCUUCUCGGCCCCUGUCGGCACGAGGCCGCAGCCGCGCCAUGUCUACCCCUCCGCUGGCGGCGUCGGGGAUGGCGCCUGGACCCUUCGCCGGGCCCCAGGCUCAGCAGGCCGCCCGGGAGGUCAACACAGCCUCGCUGUGCCGUAUUGGGCAGGAGACGGUCCAGGACAUUGUGUACCGCACCAUGGAGAUCUUUCAGCUGCUGAGGAACAUGCAGCUGCCAAAUGGUGUCACUUACCAUUCUGGAACAUAUCAAGACCGGUUAACAAAGCUACAGGAUCAUCUUCGCCAACUUUCUAUUCUCUUCAGGAAGCUGAGAUUGGUCUAUGACAAGUGCAUUGAAAAUUGUGCAGGAAUGGAUCCCAUUCCAGUAGAGCAACUUAUUCCAUAUGUGGAAGAAGAUGGCUCCAAAAAUGAUGACCGGGCUGGUCCGCCCCGUUUUGCCAGUGAAGAGAGGCGAGAAAUUGCCGAAGUAAAUAAAAAACUCAAACAGAAGAAUCAACAGCUGAAGCAAAUUAUGGAUCAAUUACGAAAUCUCAUCUGGGAUAUAAAUGCCAUGUUGGCAAUGAGGAACUAAACUGAUAUUUAAAUUUCCUGCAUUACACAUGUUAUACCAUUGGUUUUUCCCUCAAGUAUAAUUUCCCUUUGAAGAAGAUUAUUUAUCUGCCUGUAUUUUAGUCACAACUCAAGUCCUACUUUUACAUUAUGGUUUUGCAUUGAAGUAUUCAUUUUUUUUUAAUGCCAUCAGUCUUAUGAAAGAUUAUUGUAAUAAAGUUCGAUAGGGUUUGUGUUUUGGUUACUCUGUAUGAAUUAAAUAACCUUUUCUAAGAGCAAAGUAAAGUUUUGUAAAUACAUUUU